GGACUCCGCUGAGCGUAACCAGGUACACCCACACCAGGUGUGCCGUCUGUUAGUAACGCGGCUUGCCUCACGCGACGGACAACGUAGUCAGCGUAGUGUUUAUAUGUCGAGAAUAAAGUUUACGUAGGCGCGUGAAUUUUAAUGAAGAUUACAACGAGGACGGAAUUAUUUUUUUUCAGGGCCGCGAUGGUAUCGCCGUCCGGUGAAUUCGUAAGUUUCGCGAGUGAUCGAUCGGCUUGCACAACUGGAGCACACGCGAUGUUCUCUGGCGAAUGACCUUCUUUCUCCUAGCGGCGCAUCAGCAGCCGCUAGAGGAGACUCGAAGUCGCAGAGAUGGCCAAGUCCGUCGAGUUGACGAAGGGCAGGAGACUGAGGAGAUCGCGCAACGUGUCCUCCCUCUUGGAGGAGUCUUCGACGGAGCACGCAAUGCCGCCGAAGACGACGGUGAACGUCGUCGUGGACGUUCACAACGGGGGUGAAAGCUCGGGCCGACGGCAGCAACAGCAUGACGACGGGAACGAUCUCGCGAUCGAGCUCUCUGGCAAUAAGGAAGCUAAGCGAUCCUCCGAGCGAUUAUCCCAAAGCUCCAAAGCGUUUUCGCGAGCGAGCGAAGCGCCUCGGAGUCGUAGGAGCGCCUCGAAGGAUCCGUCCAAACAUGACGACUUGCUGGUGGAGUCGUUGGAUCUGAUAGAGGAAUUCGAGGCGCCGAGGAGGAGGAACGAGAAGUCAGCCGAGGAGAAGCCGCGGCGCAGGAAGCAAUGGAACACCGUGGCGAGCGUGACGAACGAAACGGAGGUCGACCCGAAGAAACCACCGCGGAAACGCUGGUCCAAGGACACCGGUGUGAUCCGACUGCCCGAGACCAGCGACGACACGUCCCCGUUGAUAGACGACUCGCGCAAAACGCCGGUCCCGGCGCCGCGGACCAGCCUACGGCGGAGCGACGCCGUCCUCUUCGACAAUCCGGCCUUCGUGUCUGACAACGAGGACGAGGUGCUCCGGAUUGAGACCGAUCACAACCGGGAGAGCACCAAAAUCGAAAUGAGGAGGGUGAGCGACCGCUCGAACGUUGAGGACGUGGACGAAGGUGGGACCACGUCCGGCGACUUUUCGAGGAGGCACCGGCAAGAGGAGACGAUGCUGAGCAAGCGUCUCGCUGUGGACAGCGACGGUCCUUCAUUGAGAGCUAGAUCCUGGAAGGCCCCUCCGGAGAGCCGAAGAAACAGCGUCAAGGAACACGAUUCGUCGCCGAAUCCGGAGAGAAUCACCAACGUUCGCUCGAGCUCUAUCACCUCCGAGGAGCGAGUCUCGAGCAGUCGGAGGUCCCAACCGGAAACGACGCGCGAUCAAUUGUCCAGGAGGAGAGAGCGAUCGUUGUCGAGAAAGAAGAAACCUCUCGGUGACAACGCGUUCGUCCGCCCGUCCGCGACGGAUGCGAUUUCGAUGGUAGAAGCGGACGACACGAGGGUCAGGAGAAAGAGGAAGAAGAAACGUAGACAGGAAAAGGGGACGACGAAGGAGAAGGAGGAGGUGAAGUUUAUCUCUGUGACGAUUCACCAGGCGGACGUGCUGGAGGCAGACUACGCGAGCGUGAGACGACCAAUGAUCAGGGUUCAUAUCAUGGAGGCUUCCACCGGCGCGUACUUGAAGAGCACAACGGAGGACGGCGGCGCGUAUCUGCAGCCGAUGAUCACCGGCAAGUUUGACUACAAGAAGAACAGAUCGAUGAUACCGGUCUGGGAAGAGGAGCUCAUUUUCGAGCACAACUUUGACGCGAUCAUGAGACGCGAGGACGACAAACAAGCGGUGAUUCUAUUCGAGGUGAUGGAGCUCUUGAGCUUCGCCGACGCGAGUCUCAGUUACGACAAAAUUGGUAGCGAGGGAUGCUGGAACAAAAUCGCCUGGGCAUUUCUCAAGCCUGUAGGGAUCAAUAACACUUUUCAUACGGGCAAGAAAGUGCGACUGCAACUUUACAAACCCAAACAAAGCUUAAAGAAAUACGGAAGACAAAAGUGCGAGGUUUACACUUGGUGGCGGUCGAACAACAGGGACAAGUAUCCCAGCAGCCUCCUGGUGACUGUGACAUCGAUUCCACCGCCGAAACUCGAAUCUGUACUUUAUCAAAAGCUCCCGAUAAACGAUCUCCUCGAUGAUGCACGAAACGUCUCGCGGGAUCUUUCAAAAAGUACGUCGGAUUCGAUAGGUCUCCCUAAGUGGGCGCGAUUGACGGCU